ACCACGUGACUGUUGUCAACAUUUGGCUGUCCAAAUACACGUGGAGAAAUUGACAAACUAUGUAAAAUUACUAUAUUUGUGACGUAUUACCGGAUGUUAUUUUUUCUUUAUAAAAGAAAUGGGUACUAUGGCUUGCCAACAUACCAAAUACACCAGUUCGCUUGACAAAGUUGCGAGAUAUUUAGGUAAAAAUGGAGUUCCAAAAAUUCCCUGUGAACUGUGAAUCUGAAAAUAUCAGGAUUAUUGGGAAUAAUAAUAGUAACUUUGAAAUAGAUCUUGAUGAAGAAAUCAAUAUUGUUUUCCACUCUGUAAAAGAUUUGAUGAAGAAAUAUAUCAUGUAUAGUAAAACAUCAGAAUCCAAAGUAGUGUCUGGUGGCUUACAACAAUUUCUCAUCAGAAAAAUGAGAGGAAGAAGUCGGAAAAAAGAAACACCAGACCCUCAGCUUCACUUCAAGAAGAAUAACAAUUCGUGCUCAAUAGCAGUUUCAGAUGGCGUAAAUAAAGACAAAAACAGUGAAAUGGUAUCAUAUUUUGAUUGUAUGCCCGUGAAUGUUAAAUUGAAUAUAUUUUCAUACUUACCAACUAAAGACUUAAUCAACAUCACCUCUGUUUGUCAUGAAUGGAAUCUAUUAGCGACAGAUGAUUUACUCUGGCAUCAACGUCUAGAUUGGGAUUUACCAAAGUGGGAAGUCUUAUCAUUCACUACCAAUCCAAAAAUGUAUCAGGAAGUUAAUUCAGAAUGGUCAUACAAAGAAAUAUAUAUGAAAUGCUCACCAGAAGCUAACAGAUCCUGGAAAAAAAUAAAUUCUACAUUUUAUCAAGUUUCUAAUAUGUUGAAAUAUUUUUUCCCUAAAAAAGCUCCUCGAGUAGCGAUGUUCGGUCCUGGUUUAGAAACCAGUACACAUAAACUAGUACGCAAACUACUCUAUGAAGAUAAUGACAAAUUCUCUCGGAUAGCCAUGUUUCCAGGACAAUUUGAUGGUGUUGGAGCAGGUAUGACAUUAAAAUUGAAAACUGGAUCCACAUUUCAUUUAACAGUUUUAUAUUCUGGGACAAAGCAAGAGAGAGAAAAACCAUCGCACCGAAACCGAGCAAAUCAUAGUCGAUUAUUUAUUAACUCUACGCAGGAUAAAGACAAUACAGGAAUAGAAUUACAGCCAGCAGUUAAAAACUUGUGUCACACGUUAGAUGCUUUUAUUUUUGUUGUUGAUGCAUCUCAACCAGAAGAAUUAGUAAAGAGUGCUUUAAUGGAAUUAAAGGCUAUGGUAAAUGAAAGAUCAUCAGCACCACAUGUACCUGUUGUUAUAUUGUCUUGUAUCAGUGAUAAAACAGAUGUUCAUUCUAAAAUACCAGCCUGUAGAAUAGUCGAAUUACUAGAACUAGUUAAUCUCGAUAAAAAAUGGCUGGUUCAUGAUUGUGUUGUGACUGGAUUAGAAGGUUUACAUCUGGCUAUGGAGUGGAUGGUUGAACAUGCCCAAAAUAAAUGAACCAUCCUGUGAAUUAACUGUUUUGUACCUAGGACAGUGAAUGGUUGAAGACAGAAAAUUUAGCUGUGAAGUAUAUAGGACAGGUUUUUGGGAAGUGAUGGUUGAACUUAAAUAGAAUUUCCUAUAAAAUAACUGUUUAUUUUUGUGAGAAAUAUAGUUUAACACAUUUAAUAUUUUCUGUGAAACAGUUGUCUAGUUUUGAGCAGAUCUGUUAUAUUUUGUGAAAAUAGUUAACACAUUUAAAAUGUUAUGUGUUAUAACUGUUUAGAUUAGAACAGGUUAUUUGUUAUUUUGUGAAUGAAUGGUAAAUACCCAUAUGUGAAAAAACUGUUAUAUUUAGAACAUUUAAGUUAUUUUUAUGUUGAAUGUUUGAGCACAUAUGUAAAAUAACUCUUACAUUUAGAACAGUCAGUUAUUUUUAAACCGAAUGGUUGAGCACAUGUGUAAAAAAAACUGUUAAAAUAUGUAAUGGUUGAGUUAUUUUGAAGUCAAUUGUAAAAUGACUGUUAUGUUUAGAACAGUUACACUAUACAUGUAUUUAUGUUGAAUGUGAAACAACCGUUAAAUGUAUAAUAGUUCAGUUAUUUUUAAAUUGAACACACAUGUAAAAUAACUGCUAAAUUUAUAACGGUUCAGUUAUUUUUAAAUUUAACACAUAUAAUGUGAAAUAACUGUUAAAUUUACAAUAAUUCAGUUAUUUUCAAGUUAAAUGGCUGAACACUCAUGUAAAAUAACUGUUCACUUUACAAUAGUUCAGUUGUUUUUAAGUUGAUGGUUGAACAUGCAUAUAAAAUAACUGUUAAAUUUAGAAUAGUUCAGUUAUUGAUGAGUUAUAUUGAAUUUAUUAUAUGCUACAUGUACAUGAUUAGUGCUGGAAUUUGAGAACGUAUUGUGUUCAUCAGUUGUGGGAAUGAAUAAGCUUGUGUAUCCAUGAAAAAAAAAUAUAAAUUGACAUAGGCAUGGAGCUUAAAUAAAUGGAGCUGAUACUUAUUUAAUUGUUAAACAAAGAGUUGGGUUGUUAUACAUGUGGUCUAAAGCCUGAAAUCUCAGAGAUUUGUGAAUUAAGAAUUAAGAGAUGGAUAGAAAUUUGAUCUGAAUCAUAUCAAGUUCCCAUGUAACCUGUUGCCUAGAGUAUGAUUGGUAGGGUAAACAGUUCAUUCAGUAAUUGUGAUUACCUUGAGAGCUAAAUGACUAUGAUCUGAUUGCCCACAGACAAACAUCUAACAGGUGAUACAUGACCUCACACGAGGAUUAUCAAAUAAAAUAUGCUUUGUUCAUUUCAACUCUAGCAAAAAUAAACUGGUAAUUAUAAUGUGAAAAAGAUCAAAUUUUCUAAUCUCAAAUUUAUUUGGAGUUCACAUUUUCACAUAUUGGCAUAAUUUGACAUUUUUUUUGUAAACGAUGCUGUUUGGGGAAAUAGAAAAUAGUGUUUCAUAUGAUUUUGCGAUGAGUUACAUAGAAUUAGUGGGGUUGUCUUGAAACAUCUGUGAUAAGUCAGCCAUGACAUUGAUAACAAAUACACAACAGCUGAUUAUUUAUAAUGGUAUAUAUAAGUAAUGGUCAUAUCUCUUUUAAUAUUGGGGGGGGGGGGGCUGCUGAUUGGGUUAACACUUGCACGUUUAUUCACAAGGGACAUCAUUGAUUCAAGUGGCAUGGUUUCGAUUGCCUGCUUGUACGUGUUUCCUCCCACAGCUAAAGACUCACAAAAGCAAGCGAAUUAUUGAAAUAAAAUUGAACCAUAUGUUAGUGGACAUUUAACUCCAUUUCUCUCUCCCUUUUAUUUAAUGAAUGGCAUGUAAUUGUAUGGGUUUAUCUCUGCAGGUAUGUUUUAUUAACUUUGAUACAUGUUACACUAUAUUGGCUAAAUUAUGUUUUAUUAACUAUUUGAUAAUUGUUCAUUAUGAUUUAAAUCAGUUUCAAAUAAUACUGUAAUUAAUUUUUUUAUCUAAAAGUAUAUUUGUGAUGACUGAAAAAAAAAAACAGAGGUAUAGACUUAAAUUUAAUAAUUAAUGAUACAAUUUAAUCAUGACAGAAUUGUUAUCAUUUUGCAAGUUAUCUAGUGGCGAUUUCGAACAUUAAAAUUUGUAGAUUAUCAAAUAUACUUCUUAAAAAGAAUCACCAAAGAUCAAAGGUUUAUCGUAAUAUUGAUUGUUAUAUACUUAGGAUAUACUUUGUGUCACAAAUUUUGCAAAAAUAUAUCUUUGACAUAGUAUUAUUUGGAUCUCGCACAUAAUUUCGAUUUUCUAAAUAUCAAUCCAACAUGUUCGUGCAUAGCAAUAAUAAUUCAUCAAACUUCAUAUUUUUCUUUCAUCCAAAUACAUAAAAUUCAGUCCCAUUGAAAUUAUAUAAAUAAAACUGGUUUUUAUACACCAAAUUCUGUGUGACCUAGUAUAAAAAGAGAUAGACUAUAAUAUAUAGAUGUAUUAGUAAAGUUGUAUUGUGUGAACUUCUCUAGUCCUUUCUAGUCAUUCCCAGCUAUCUACCCAAGACACUGGAUGAACAAGAACUUUAGCUGGUCAGGAUUAUGACUUGAGCUAAUGUCUGAACAAAAUCUCCAAAAUAUUAUUAAAUUUUCCACAUUUUAAAUUUUUACCAUUUAUAUAAACUUGUUACCAAAUGUAUUGUUAUAUUUUUCACCUUGAUGUCAUUAUAUCUGUGUGUUCUAUAUUGUUUAUUUCAUACAUAAUUAAAGAAAUUACUAACAUUA